AUGCUGUAUGUACAGCCCAGCUGCUCAGCUGCUGACAGCUGCAGUGAACAAACGCAAACAGCAUCAGCGCUCGAACUCCCGGACGGAACAAUUGUAGAGCUGAGCCCUGAAACGCGAAGCCGCCCUUGUGAGGUUUACUUUGGGGGCGGUGGAGAGACGGGAGCCGUCAAGCCUUCCUCUUUAAACUGCAGUCCUGCUUUAAAGGCGCAGGUGCUCGCUCAAGCCUCUAUCCCCCUGUUGAUUAUUUCGGCGUUGAGGUGUAUAGACACCUCGUUGCAGACUACCCUCAACAAUCAAAUUGUCUUCUGCAGAGGCGGGUCGCUCUUAAGAGGGUUGGGCGACAGGAUGAAAGCAGAACUUCAAAAGGCAACGCAGAAUGAACCCCAGCAUCCUGGGAUCGGUAUCGGGAUCGGGAUCGGGAACGGGAACGGGAACGAGUCGGAGUUGCCUUCUAGCGUAUCCCUGGUGUUUGCUAGCGGCCGUAAAGAUGCAUCAUGGAUGGGUGCGUCUAUGCUUUCUACCCUGUCAACAUUUCCUUCUCUCUCCAUUCAGAAACAACAGUACGCUGAGGGGAAAACAAACAAAGCUGCGCUCCUGGAUAAUCAGAUAGGGGCCCCCUAA